AUGUCUCUCCCAGCUGCUGAAGUGGCGGCCGAUUUUCGGGAUGCACUGCAAGAUUUGAGGAUGAACAGCAGGCCCGAGAUUAGCAAUCUAACCCUUAUCGCCAAAGAAAACACAGAGUAUGCUGAAGCCAUAUCCAACGAGCUGCAGAAGCACAUCCAAUCGACUCGUCCUGAAUGGAAGCUUCCCGCCCUUUAUGUGCUUGAUUCCAUUGUCAAGAAUGUCGGGACCCCAUACACCGUUUACAUCGGCCGCAACCUGUACAGAACAUUCAUGGAUGCCUAUCUUGUCAUGGACCAAGCUACACGCAAGAACAUGGAAGGCUUAUUGAAAACAUGGAAGAUGCCUGUGCCCGAGUCUAUGGAUCCACGCCCAGUGUUCUCAGCCGAAGUGACGCAGGAUAUCGAGAACGCACUGGCUAAGUUUCACGCAGCUCAACAGCAGGUGCGCCCACAACAUGCGCUUCCACCUCGCCCUCCAUCGCUCAGUGUAGCCUGGAGAGGCACGUCUACGCCGCCGCAGAACGGUCCUCGUUAUGCUGCUCCAAAUGACCCGCGUGCUCGACCGGUGAGUCCUUCUUCACAAGACGCGUGUCACAGAGUACUGACAGUACGACUUCAGUCAUAUCCACCAGCAUCUCAAUAUGGGACUCCAACACAUGCCUCUACACCUCCAGUGCCAUACACACAACCUCAGCAGCCCGCCUCGCCCAUGUCAUCCAUUGAUCUUGCUGGGCUGAAGGCUGAAGUAACUCAGUUGAUCACCACUACACAAAACACGUUUGCACACAACCCAGCUGAUGCUGCGCUGCGCACAAAGCUGUCGGCACUUUUAUCUCUCAAGCAGAUAUUAGACACACAGACGUUACCGCCACAACAGCUCGAAGCUGUACGCCAGCAGAUUCGAGCGUUGGCACCUCCACCCGCCCCAACACCCACUUUUGUAGCGGCAACGCCAGCAUAUCCCCAACAGACGGCGAUACCUUCUGGCUACACCGCACAGUAUCCUCCUGUGACGGCCUCACCAGGCAGUGCUCCGCCGAAUGUCGCGCAGCUUCUUGCAAGCUUUAGACCACCACAGUCGACGCCGCAACCUGCGUCGACUCCAAAUCCACCAGCUUUGAACCUGGCGGAACUGCUGAAGCGUGUAUCGUCACCUGCACAAUCGAAUUCUGUCCCUGCGCCAGCUCCAUUCCAACCACCAUUUCAAGGCUUUCCACCACCCGUUUCAACACCAGUACCUGCACCCCAAUCCGCCCCACCGGCACAGUCCGCUCCACCAACCACCAACUUGGCUGCGCUACUUGCACAGUUUAGCAAACCCGUUGCCGCGCCACCAGUGCAGCCGGUGUCUGUACCUCAACUACCACCUCAGCCCGCCGCUGCCGCCCCAGCCCUGGGAAGCGCCGAGUGGCUCCUCAAAGCCCUGAGUAGUGUAUCUGGUGCGACACCCGUGAAUGGGGGUCCUAUUGCAUCCCAUGCAACAGCAGAACAAACAACAGCACCAGCGGGUUUGCUAGACCAGAUUGAACUCACUACCGCAUCCAUGAAGAAGCCCCGUCUGCACCUCAUUUCGCGUUUGUAUGAAGCCAAACCCAACAUCUGUGCAACCUGCGGUCGCCGCUUUGAGAAUACGCCUGAAGGGAAGGAGAAGAAGGCUCGCCACAUGGACUGGCACUUCAAAGUCAAGGACCCUGAUGCGGCCAAGCGGGGCGUGCACCGCAGUUGGUACAUUCCCGAAAAGGAAUGGAUCGAGUACCGCGAAGUUGACGAGACUGCCCCGAACCAGUCCAACUACCCUUCUUCAGCUACCAACGCUAGCAAGCCAAAGAAACAGACCAAGGACCGAUACGUUAGCGUUCCGCAGGACGUGACACUUCAGCAAGCGCCGUGCCCAAUUUGCCAAGAAAAGUUCGAGACACAAUGGAAUGUGGAAGCGAAUGAUUUUGUUUGGAUGGACGCCUUGAGCGUCGGUGGCAAGGUUUAUCACGCUACAUGCUUUGAAGAGUAUAGUAAGGGAAUAGGUAUUGAGAUGCCCAGUACGCCAGAUUCUGUACUUGGUAAGAGAAAGGCGGAUGUUGGAACAAAUGGAGAAGGCAAGAAGGUCAAGGCUUACUAG